AUGCCAUCCCAACAAUGGUCCCACACACUAUCAUCCUACCUCCCAUGGACCUCCCCUCCCCUCCUCAUCUCCGCGCCUAUGGGCGGCUUCGCCUGGGCCCCGCUCGCCACAGCAGUCUCUCUCGCCGGCGGCCUCGGCCUCAUCGGCAGCCUGAACGACAUGUCGCAACUGCGUACCCAACUCGCAGAAGCACGCUCUACAUUCGCAGCGUCUUCCAACGCCGCGAUCAAGGACUCGCCAACGCUUCCACUCGGCGUCGGCAUCCUAGCCUUCAUUUGUAAGAUCGAGGACGUGGUACCCGUGAUCCGGGAGUUUGAGCCAGCGGUGGUAUGGCUGUUUGCAGCGAAGCAGCUAGACGACUACACAGCGUGGGUCGAUGCGCUGAGGGAAGCAAGUCCGACGUCGAAAGUCUGGAUCCAGGUCGGCAACGUCGAGGCCGCGCUGCAUGUUGCCAAAGACGCGCGCCCGGAUGCUAUAUGCCUCCAGGGCGCCGACGCAGGGGGUCAUGGGUUCGAGAAGGCUGCGGGUAUCAUCUCUCUAGUUCCUGAGGCUGCAGAUGCAUUGCGGCGGGAAGGGCACGGCGAUAUACCACUGCUCGCGAGUGGGGGUAUUGUGGAUGGAAGGGGAGUCGCUGCUGCGCUUGCCUUAGGUGCUGCAGGUGUCGUAAUGGGUACGAGAUUCCUGGCGAGCAAAGAGGUGGCGAUUCAUCCUAUUGCUCAAGCGGCGGUUUUGGAGGCGCAGGAUGGGGGCCAGGCUACGAGGAGGAGUAAGCUGUUUGAUCAGUUGAGGGGGCCUAAUGUGUGGCCGGAAGCGUACGAUGGGCGGAGUUUGGUGGUGCAGAGUUAUCAGGAUCAUGUAGACGGGGUGGGGUUGGAAGAAAUUCAAAGGCUGCAUAAUGAGGCCGUUCUUGGGGAGGAUAAGGGGUAUGCGACCGGUAGGAAGGGCAGGGCCGCAAUUUGGGCGGGGACUGGGGUGGGCAGUGUGGGGAAGGUGGAGGAGGCGGGGAAUAUUGUUGAGAAAGUGAAGAGGGAGGCGAGGGAGGUUAUGGGUGGGCUGGCAAAACUGUGAUGGGUUAACAUUUCCAAAUUUAUUGAACGUAGUUGUAUUAUGCC